AAACCCGAGCACAACCGUGCUCGGGGCUUCUGCUGAGCCAUUCCUUGCAACAAGUAGAGACACCACAAUACGUUGAUAAGGAUGACCCAACUCAUAGGCGUCUGGACGAUGAUGUGGACAAUACUUUUCUUGCAGGUGUCCGCGUCCGCUUUGAUAAGACCAUACCAGCACAGCAUCUUUAGGGUGAAAUCAAUUAAAAAGGUGCCUUCGAGAGGGACCAAUGGAGUCGAUUUCACGAUCAUCGCAAACAUAGAAAGCGCUGUUGACCUAGGGCUCAACUUUAACGGAUCACUACGACUUGCUCCAUCAUAUCAGCACCGCCUUGUCGCACCAUUUGAAAGAACGAACGGGUCCCGGACGUUAUAUGCAGCAUCCUUGGAUGUCGUACACAGUGCGCAUUUUGAAGAUAUGAUGCUCGAUUUGAACAGCGGGAACGAGAGCUUACUCUUUUCAUUAAGACUUAAUGCUCUCUCUUUCGACAUCGAAGCAAAGCCGACGAAUUUUUACAAUUCUAUCACCUUCAUGAUUUAUAAGUACGCUGUACCUCAUGGAAUGCGGUACGCAGUCGAUAUUGAACCUAAAAUACGCGCGUUCAGAGUCACUAGCACAUUUAGCCUGGGAUUGGAGCGACCUGUUGGAAGUACUUGGGUAAAGGUUUCGAACACUGCCGCCUACAGUUCUGGCUUUAUAUCCGAUAGAUACGCCAGCAUUACUUUGAACCAAACUGCAAUGGAUGCUGAUCAUGUUCGGGUCCGGAAAUUGGCGUAUAUGCUGAUAGCUUCGGUGGAGAUGACAGGCGCGUCUCGCAGUGGGAAUGCCAUUUCAACAUACAGAAUAAUUUGAAAAAUUUAAAUACAGUAUAAAACAAAUAAGUGAAUACGGUGGAAGUACAUGGAUACUCUUCCAUAGUGACGUUCUUAAUAAAUUAUAUAGGAAAUUUAAA